AAUUAUUAAGUUGUCGAUUGGUCCAGGUGAUGGGCGCGGUAUAAGAGCAGGAUGCCCCACCCUGCUGUGAUUGACAGGUGUCGGGAUGUAGCGCGCGAGUCACUUUUCUCCACACACCACUGAGCGCGUGAUGCUGCGAUUGCGCCUUUCUGUAGCAUCCCAUUGGAUUUCCAUCUCUCCAUCAGGCUGUUAACAGACCACAUUUGCUUGCCUUGUACUUAAUCCGGCGAUAACUUCUGUGCCAGAGCUGGUUAUUAUUAUGUUCAGUGGACUUUUAAAGGAGCAGCCCGUUGAUGAGCUCUCGGAUCGUAGUGUGGAGCACAGGAGCAGAUAAUAAAUCACCAGAGCUGUACUACUGUAGUGUGCUGAACACUGUGCUCUUAUAAACAAGGACUGAGCUUUCACAGAAAAUAAUAAUGGCUGGAUGUUGCAUGUCCGCGGAGGAGAAAGAGAGGCAGAGGAUAAACCAGGAGAUCGAGAAACAGCUGAAGAAAGACAAGAGCAACUCGCGUAAAGAAAUGAAACUGCUGCUGCUGGGCACAGGUGAAAGUGGAAAGAGUACCUUCAUCAAACAGAUGAGAAUCAUUCACGGCACAGGUUAUACUGAUGAAGAUAAGAAAGACUUUGUUAAACUCGUCCAUCAGAAUAUUGUCUUUGCCAUGCAGUCUAUGACCAGAGCUAUGGAAGUACUCAAUAUUGCCUAUGCUAACCCAGAUAACCAGGCUCACGGUGCAAUGGUGAACGAAAUGGAGAUCGAUAAAGUUGUGUGUUUGGAUAGCAGUCAAGUAAGUGCCAUCGGUAGUCUAUGGAGCGACGCUGGAAUCCAGGAAUGCUACGACCGCCGUCGAGAAUAUCAGCUGACCGACUCUGCCAAAUACUACCUGAGUGACCUGGAUCGGAUUGCAGACGCAGCAUAUGUACCAUCAGAGCAGGAUAUUCUGAGAGUCAGGGUCCCAACUACAGGAAUAAUCGAGUAUCCAUUUGAUCUGGAGAAUGUCAUCUUCAAGAUGGUGGAUGUCGGGGGUCAAAGGUCAGAGCGCAGAAAGUGGAUCCACUGCUUUGAGAACGUCACCUCUAUUAUCUUCCUGGUGGCACUGAGCGAGUACGAUCAGGUUCUGGUUGAAUGUGACAAUGAGAAUCGUAUGGAGGAAAGCAAAGCUUUGUUUAAAACCAUCAUCACAUACCCUUGGUUCCAGCAGUCGUCUGUAAUCCUCUUUCUGAAUAAGACGGAUAUCUUGCAGGAGAAGAUCGGCAACUCUCACCUGGCCACCUACUUCCCCGAAUUCACAGGCCCCAAAAACGAUGCAAAGUCAGCCCAGGAAUUUAUUCUCAAGAUGUACCUGGAGCAAAAUGAAGACAAAGAGAAAACCAUCUAUUCUCACUUCACCUGCGCCACCGACACCGAAAACAUCCGACUGAUCUUUGCCGCUGUGAAAGACACCAUCCUUAAACAGAAUCUCAAAGAUUUUAACCUGGUUUAAGAUCCAGGUUAACUAGAUCCUGUACCUGAAAGCCAUAAGCCCUGAGUCUUAAGACUCAGAUAUUGAAUAUUGAGAGUAGACUUAGCCGUCACGUUACUUUAUCUUUGUUCUAACGUUGACUAAGGACUUUGAGGAAGCAUAUAAAGGAAUUUCCUAAGAAAGAAGAAGCGGCUUCCAGAGAUCAAGUUAUUUUAUUUAAAUCCUCUGAUAGAUGGGUAGGCUACAUCAGCACAGAUGUAGUGAUGGCUUUGUUUUAUCUUUAAGUAGAGGAUCCUACUUUAAGACAUUUUAAGGCACAAGAUGAAAUACAUUUUUCUCUUAUGUUGCUCAUGCAGUGGAUCAAAAUCUCAAAAGUAGAGUUUACAUAUAAAAAAAAAAUGCUUCAGGCUUUACAUAAAGUGCCUUAUGUAGAAUUAUUUAUCAUAUUAUUUAUUUAUUUGAAGAAAUCGAGACUGUAUAAAAAAUGUAGCUAUUAAUGAAUUUGGUGUUUUAGUGUAAAAUGCUUAUUUAUAAAUUAUAAAUUAAACAUUUUACAUUACAACUAUAUUCAGUUAUAGUUUAUUUAUAUGUGUAAUAAUGGUGUAAAACAAGUUGUGGUGAAAACAAAGUACCUUUGUACUAUAAUGUCUUCAUCUGCUUUGAUAAUAUUUAUUAAAUGAUAUAUAUUUACUGUAUGUUACUGUUUUACUUACUGUAGUAAAAUUAUCAAAUGAACAACC